AUGAUCGGGUUGGUGCUUGGAUCCCUGAUGUGCACCGCGUUCACGGCGACCAUUGCCAUAUCCGGUGGCGGAUUCCUUGCCUGCGUUAUCAUGUCGUUCGUCGCCAUCACCGGUUGGAGAAUCCUGUCAGCAUCUUUCGACUCAGCACCUUUGCGACAUGUGUCAUAUAUUCUGUGGCACGUGGUACAACCGAUUUUGGCCGGUGUUAUCGGCGCCGAUAUCGACUUCACGAAUUGGUGUGUAUCCAGACUCUUUCUUCAUCUGUUAUGUAUCUUCAUAGGAUUGACCGCACGAAGUAUCGCUACCUAUUUAACGACUCUCAAAACCUCGUUCACGUGGAAGGAACGAUUGUUCGUUGUUGGAGCUUGGUUACCAAAAGGCACUUUACAGGCAGGCUUGGGACCGUUGGCAUUCGAACGUGUACGCAAUGGACCGGAUCUUGAGAAAAUCGAAAUGGCUCUCGACAUUAUUAGACUAUCCGUGGUUACAGUGUUGAUCCUGGCACCGCUCGGCGCCUUCCUCAUAGCUUACACAGGACCGAUUCUGCUCAACAAGAUAACCAUCGAAGAACAUGAAAGACAACGCGAAUUAAGUUACUUGCGCAUACUCAGUCUUCAACCUGAUCCGAUGCCUGAAAAAAAGGGAAAGCAUCCAGUUUAG